CUGGUGCUCGUCGCAACAAGUCGGCUGCUGCAAGAGCAAGCUUCCUGCCAGGCAUGGAGGACACAGAUACUGUUGCAAGCCUUCGUGGCUUGAAUCAGGACUUGCAAAACCUCUCGUCAGCUUUCGUCGUCAAUAUCGAGCGUCUCCGAGUCGAAUUGGAGACACACAUUGAAGACUUCAAGAAGCUCCUCGACAAACCCACGAAAAACAAUGCAAGCCGACAAUCCGUUCUCUCGGGGAAGGUAACCAUCGGCAAUGUCGAAUACUCCAUCAACCAGGAUUUUCAACAAGGUGUACUCCAGCUUGCGGAUAGUCUGAAUAUCGAUGAACUCGAGGCUGCGUUCUUGUUCUUCGAUGCGCAAAUCGAGGCUCAAUCACUAGACAGGCCCCUUCUUAACGUUGCGAUCAUGCGCUUUCACCAGCGCCGGCAGUUCUUGCUUGACUCGUUGCGCCUUAUUCUCCAGGAAUCGUUCGAGGUAGAAAGGGAAACAAACCAAAUCAUCAUGCAGGAAAUGAUGGCUCACGUGGUUGAGAUCAAGAAUGGUCCUUUGCGAAAUGCUUCGUUAUACACCCGGAAAUGCAUGACUGCCAUGAUGGAUGUGGAGAAGUGGCUUGCGCUCCUCAGCGACCAGGCUCAGAAGGCGACGCUUGUCGGUCAGAUCGAAGAUGCUGAUACCAUGGAACUGCUAGAGUUCCAGCGCAACAGCCUACUGCAGCAGCAUGAAACGCUUGGCGCCGUUCUAAGCUACCUUUUUAAAGGCCCUUAUACCAGCCCUGAAGACCUUCGAGUUCUCGUGAAGCAUCUCCGGACCCUUGAUCGCUUCGACAGUCUAGUUGUUCACUACAUCCCGUGCAUAGUAUCUGCUUUUGAACAACACGGCUCCCCUGAAAAGUCGAGCUCCUAUCAAGAUGCCAAAAGUCUGCAUAAGGAGAUUGUCACUACAACGGUCGCUCAAGAUUGGAAGCUGCCCACUUUCCAUUCUGCAAUCAUUACACUCUGGCUUGCGAUAUUCAGCGCCUGGGACUUCGAUGCUCCGUCCUCGCCUGUGCAGGGAGUGGACCCCGAGAAAGACGCAGAUGAGCGUACAGCUUUGUUCAUGACAGCACUGGAUGACGGCGGACUCGAUCUCCUGCUUACAGUCUGUUAUGGUAUCAAUAAUGAGGAAUGGGCAGAUCCAGCCCGCAGUGAGUUGAUAGCUUUGCUUCUGAAAGAGGUUGCUUCAGCAAUGCUCGAGCUAGAGCAGUGCUCUGAGUUUCUGAAGACUCUUCUAAUGGAGAGCUUCGAGCUUUUCACUGAGGCCUGCAUCGCAAACAUGCCGGAUGCUGUUCGCAUGUUGAAAACCGAAGAAGACUCUCAACGGCUUGAUCACCUCACAGCUCUUCGAGAUGGCUUGACCUCCACGCCUCAUCGUGGCGUAGUCGAAGCUCGCACACACCUUGAGUCUUUCUUGAUGAUCAUGGCUUUCGCAUUCGAACAACGGCCUGACGCCGCGCAGGAGUUUUGGGCCGAUCCUGACUCAAACUUGUACGGCUUCCUCCAGUGGGCCUCUAAGCGACAAACCGUUCCUAGGGUCAGCGCAUUCUGUGAACUGCUAUGUUCCAUCUCUGUAGGCGAUGAAAAUGCUACUGCAGCCCACCGAUUUCUCUCCGAGGAGGAUAAAUUCCUUUCUGCUAAGUUCAAGCGGUCGACAGCUAUGAACUGGUCACAGAUGUUUGCUGAGCUAGAUUUGUACGCCGAAAGAGUCACAGAGAAGCAACCAACAUCACAGGCAGUCCUACGCUCGAGAAAGUUGAAUCCAGCUGAUAUGAGUGAGCCCGAGAGUCCUGUGAUGCUUACUUGCUACCUCAGGCUCUUGGAGCAUCUGUGCAAACAGAGCGCUACUAUCAGAGAUUGGCUGCUCCAUCACCCAUCCUUCAACGUCGUCGGCACAUUGUUGAUGCUUUGCAGUGGGUCGGUGCCUACUCAUCUGAGGGCCAAUGUUUUCACAGCCCUCGCAGCUCUCAUGACUGAACGAACGGCUCACAAUGGAAACGAGAUGUGGCUGUCUAUCGAUCAAUGGAUUUCCAACCCGAAUACUGCCGGUGUUGCUAAAGCCCCUGUGAAUAGCAAUGCCUUUGCAUGGUAUGAGCAACAAAUAUUUCGGAACAUUGGUGAGCGUUUCGAUCAAGCCAAUGCUUUCGUCACUCUGGUCUCUUCACUGGUUACGCCUACCCCUGAGUCCGCAGAAUUCCAUCUUUCAUUACCCUUCCCGGAGAAUCUCGGCUCUUCCUACCGCACGGCUGGCAUUGAGCCAUAUGUUGACUUCAUCAUGGGCCACGCUCUAGCAAGAAAAGUCCCUGAUAUGAAUGAGCGCCAGACGCGGUUGUUGACCCUUAAUUGUUUGGAAUUUGUGGCGUGCUGUCUUAAUUCGUUCAAUGAAAAUCUGGUGACCGUCUUAAGUCAGCCGUCUGUGUCACCCGAUUCUGCUUUUAAGUCUUCGACAAUGGUGACAUACAUUCGUCUUCACCCCUUCGCGCGAGUUGCAGAAUGGUUGUUCAACGAGGAUGUCCUCAAGUCUCUGUUUGCCACAGCCCAACAAGAUGUGAACGAGGUCGCUAGGGCAUCGCCAGAUUCCACGCUCGUCCUCUCCUUGCUAAGAAGCUUGAAUGUCAUGAAUAUGAUUCUUGACCUUCAAUCAACCUACUUUAACAUUGUCAGACCGAUGAUCAGGUCACAAGCGGAUGCAAAUAGGACGACCGUGGCCAACUCUUCCCUUGCGGCCUUCGAAGACAGCAUUCUGAACAACUUGACCAUUGUACCUGCAUUGUGUCUUUACUGCAGUACCGGACAUGAGGAACUUACGGUCAUGUCCAUGACACUGUUAGAGAAGCUGUCGAGCUCCCCGAAGCUGAACAAAGUCACAUCGCCUGAAUUGGUCAAAUGGCGAUCCUCAAACAAAAUCGUCGAGGUCCUCAGCUCCGAGCUAGACCUGGACAACCUAGCACGGCCUCUCACACAUCAAAUGGAAAUCGAUGAUCGGGAACUGGAGGCCGGCGAUAAGUCCCCGGCCUACAUUAUCAGGAAAAGCCUUCUAGCACUUUUGAACGGCUGUCUUGGAUCAAUAAGCGAUAGGCCAACGAUAGCCCACCUCCUUCUCGGUUUCAACAGCAUAGGUAGUCUUCUUGACGUCUCUCCUGAUGGCAUGUUUGCCAACAAGAUGUCCUUGCUGCAUGCCAUCAUCCAGUUUGUACAAGACUUUCCUGGUGCAAUGGAUGGCAACAUUCUUCCGUGGCUGGUGCAAAUGAAGCGUAUGGCGUUCCAGGUCCUGAAGAAUCUUUGGUCAUCAAAAAUAUCGUCAUACUUCACACUUGCUGAGAUGCGUGGCUCCCGAUUCCUCGCCAAUAUGCUCGCUCUUCAGCCAAUCAUUGGACCUCACACGUCAUGGGACGGUUUGCCGAUAAUUGCGGAUGAAUUCUGGCUAGCUGAGUCAACCUCAGCGUACGCGGAAUUUCUACUCCUCAGAAGCUUCCUUUUCGACUACGCCGCCAUUGAGAUUCGCUCGGCUGCUAAGCUUGGAGCACCGACUCUUCAAGCUGAACUUAUCUCCACCCUCUUUGGCACUUCAACGUCGGAGACAGGAGAGACCACAGUAAAUCCUUCUGUGUUCGAUCUAUUCGACUUUGCCGACCUAGACGUUGCACGUUCCCUACCUAUGCCUGAUCUCCUUGUCCUCGAGGGCCUCGACUUUGAUGUGUGUGCGAGACCAGAGGCAGACCAUUCCUUGGUCCUAUACAAUAUGGCCGAGGUAGUGGAGUUGAUUCAGAUGAGAAAAGAGGAAUUGUUCGCUAGGGGACAGUUACACGAGGAACAAUUUAAUGCUGAGGCCGAAAGUCUCAUGCUGUUCAUAGAAGCAACAAACCGGCUCAGACAGAUUACGUUCAACCGCUUCCUGGCUCUUCGAUCCUGGGCUGAGCUUAUCACAACCAUGCUUUCCUCUGCAGAGAUCGAAGGUGGCCGACGAACUACCUUCAUUCUACACUCACUCCAACUCAUUCUACCCAAACUUGAAGCCGCUAUUCAGAAUGAUAUGCCGGAGGCAUUAGAGUUAGCAAGACUUACCGAGACAUUGGUUAGCAAGCUGGAAUCUUCGAGCUCCGAAUCUCCCAAGCCAAACUUGAACAGUGCGCGCAGGGGUGGCGACGUGCUUGAUGAGAAGCUUCACCAGAUGUUCCAUAUUUGCGUGCGCGGCGUGAUCAUGGCUACUGGAAAUGUCAGUCUCAGGGAGAGUCUGUACAACAUAUGUUCUCAUUAUGUUGCCCGUAUCGUUUCCUCCAACGCGGCUCAUGACCUCAUCAAGAAUCAAAGCCAGCAAAUUAUCAAGGCAACGGGCCAUGCCCUGGUCGAAGCAAUUUGCGAUGACGCAUAUGCUGGUCAGGAGACAUGUCGUGUCUCGGCGGUUCUAUGCCUCAAUCUUUUGGCAGUCUUAGAUAGACAGACGGAUCCAGUUUUGGUCGAAUUGAUAGCGCAGACGAACUAUCUAAGCCUUUUCCUCGACGCAAUCAGGGUUUUGCCAGUGGAGCUGAAGAACACCCAAGCAAGCGAUACGCCCCUUCUAUUGUCUUACUAUCAAUCUCUGUUGUCUUUGUUCCAGGAGCUGUGUCAAACAAAGGUUGGGGCCACGCAUGUCUUGAGGACUGGGCUCUUUCAAGCCGUGCGUGAGUCGCAGCUGUUUGCCGCCGAUCCUGAUCUUGGGAUUGAUAUUGACAACACCGAUGCUCUACGCAAAUACUACGAGCUGCUUGAUGCCUGUCUUCGGGUGAUUGUCUCAGCGGUGUUUUCUCGUGGGCUUCAUAACGAGCAGAUGAUGGAACAAACGCGCAUAUUCCUCACGGAAAACAGACAAGGCAUGGUCGGCAUCUUCAAACGCUUUGCUCGGAUUAGCGGCACCGGUAAUGCGGAUCAUCAAGGCACUUUGGGCAGCCUGGUCAAGUCUUACAUGGCGCUCAUCACCGCCACCGACUUUCUCGAUAACUCCAGAGGCGCCCCCGAGCAGAGGAGCGGUAAGCGCAAAUCGAUCGGUAAAAGAAAGCUAUCCGAUCCAGAAGACGCCUCGCGCCAGCAGCCCCAGCAGCAAGCGACCAUCUCCGAACUUCUUUCACGCAAUCACCACCCCGCCGCUCACGGCGGCAGCCGAAGCCAUCACCACCACCAGUCCCCAACGACCAAGCGUCUGCGCCUGUCCCCCACCCUCCCAGGCACCUCCCACCCGCUAGUCAGUCCUCGAGAACAGACCUCGCCCGAACGGAUGUAUAACUUUACAAAUGCGGAGCCUCGGUUAGGCGAGGCCAUGGGCCAAACCGCGGGCGGGGCCGGCGGUGCGGCCAACCCUGCUGUCCGGCCUCGACCGUUCACUGCGGCGUCGCGCCAGGGAAAUUUCACCCCGCACACUGGUGCGAAGCGGCUGGUCGUCAAGAAUCUCCGGACCGGGUCCCGGUUGAACCCGGAUGCAUACUUCGAGAAGGUCUGGGAUCAGCUUGAUGCCGCGCUCGCCGCCAUCUUCGGUGGCGGGAAGCCGGAAAAGUCGCUGGAGGAACUCUACAAAGGCGCCGAGCAUGUCUGUCGACAGGGAAGAGCCGCGGCCCUGGCCAAGCGGCUCUCGGAUCGAUGUCGAGACUACGUCGCCGGGAAACUGCGCGAGAAGCUGACGGCGCAGGCGGCUGGUGGCACCAACAUUGAAACGUUGCGGGCGGUGGUCGAGGCAUGGUCGCUAUGGCAGUCCAAACUGGUAACCGUCCGCUCCAUCUUCUAUUAUCUUGACCAGUCCUUCCUCCUCCACUCCAAGGAGUUUCCCGUCAUACGCGAGAUGGGCUUGAUCCAGUUCCGGCAGCACAUCUUCUCCGAUCCAGUCUUAGAACCAAAGAUCCUGCAAGGCGCUUGCGACCUUGUGGAAGCGGACCGGGACGAAGCAAAGAGUGUGGUCGCCGAUUCAUCCUUACUCCGCAAUGCCAUCGAUCUAUUCCAUGGGCUUGAUAUCUACACAUCCGCCUUCGAGCCGGUCUUUGUUGCCGAAUCCGACAAAUUCUUCUCUUCCUGGGUUCAACGAGAAGCAGCCGGCUAUCUGGCGACAUUAGCGGAGAGUAGCCAUAAGUUGAUUGAGCGGGAGGUCAACCGAUGCGAACUGUAUGCUCUGAACCGAAGCACGAAACAGAAACUUGCAGAAAUCCUCGAUCGGACUUUGGUCGCUGAGCAGGAAGGGGUUCUGCUCAACCAGAAGGAUAUACUGGGCCUCCUACGGGCGGGUAACAAAGUUGCCUUGGAAAGGCUGUACUCCCUCCUCCAACGCAAAGACCUGGGGGCUAAGCUGAGGACCUCAUUCAGCACCUACAUCAUCGAGGAAGGGUCCGCGAUCGUGUUUGACGAGGAGAAAGAGGCAGACAUGGUGGCGCGUCUGUUAGACUUCAAGCAACAGCUCGACGACCUCUGGAAUGGUUCAUUUCAUCGCCAUGAAGAGCUAGGCCACGUCCUUCGCGAAGCCUUCGAAACGUUCAUGAACAUGGGGAGGAAGUCUGCCUCUACGGGAGGAACCGACAACCCCAAGACUGGAGAAAUGAUCGCCAAAUACGUGGACCGGCUACUCAAAGGCGGCUGGAAGCUGGCUCCUACACGAAAAGCGGAGGACAUGCCGUUGGCAGACGAAGAUGCCGAAAUCAACCGGCAAUUAGAUCAGGUUUUGGAUCUCUUCCGGUUUGUUCACGGAAAAGCGGUGUUCGAGGCAUUUUACAAGAACGACCUUGCGCGCAGGCUGUUAAUGGGCAGGAGCGCCAGUGACGAUGCGGAAAAGAGCAUGCUUUCGAGGCUCAAGACGGAAUGCGGAUCAAGCUUCACACACAACCUGGAGUCUAUGUUCAAGGACAUGGAUGUCGCUCGCGAUGAGAUGGCCGCGUACAGCUCCAUCCAACGCGAACGUCGACACCGGCUCCCGGUCGAUCUGAGCGUCAGCGUGCUGUCGGCGGCCGCCUGGCCGACAUAUCCCGACGUCACGGUGCGGAUCCCCGCCGAGAUCGCGACCAGCGUGGACGACUUCGAGAAGUUCUAUCACACCAAGUACAACGGGCGGAAACUCAACUGGAAGCACCAGCUGGCACACUGCCAGCUGCGCGCCAGGUUCCCCAAGGGCGACAAGGAACUCGUGGUCAGCUCAUUCCAGGCGAUCGUCCUGCUCCUAUUCAACGAUCUCCCGGAAGGCGGAUCCCUGACCUAUGCACAAAUCCAGGAAGCAACCAUGCUGUCCGACCAGGAACUGCAGCGAACGCUCCAAUCCCUCGCGUGCGCGAAGUACCGCGUGCUGGCCAAGAAGCCCAAGGGGCGCGAGGUCCACAAGACGGACGAAUUCGCCUACAACCCAGGGUUCUCCGACCCGAAGAUGCGGAUCAAGAUCAACCAGAUCCAGCUGAAGGAGACCAAGGAGGAGAACAAGACGACGCACGAGCGGGUCGCCGCGGACCGGCACUACGAGACGCAGGCGGCCAUCGUCCGCAUCAUGAAGAGCCGCAAGACUAUCACCCACCCGGAACUGGUGGCCGAGGUGAUUAAGGCCACGCGCAGCCGGGGCGUCCUCGAGCCGGCGGAAAUCAAGAAGAAUAUUGAAAAGCUCAUCGAGAAGGAUUACAUGGAACGCGAGGAAGGGAACAGGUACCAAUAUGUGGCCUAGAGCGCACGCAUCCUUUCUUUUUUUUUUUUUUUUU